UCUGGCCUCAGCCUAUAGCAGUAAGAUGUUAUCAUUCCCUGAGGAGACUGAUACAUCGUAUAUGCGUGUUUUCCCGAAGAAACCUCUGAAUUUACAAGCCUUCACGCUCUGCAUGCGUGUCGCCACUGCACUUAGCAGCAGUCGAGAGACCAUUCUGUUUGCUUUUCGCACACCACAAUCUGACGAGCUCAAUGUGUGGCAAGAAUACGAAAAGUUCUCUCUUUACCUGAGAAGCAGCCGUGAUGCUGUUAUGUUCACUCUACCUCCACUGUCUGAUCUCUACACUCACCUGUGUGUCACCUGGGAAUCUAGCACUGGAAGCACUGUGUUCUGGAGAAAUGGAAACAACAGCUUGCGGAAAAUCUACAAACGUGGCCAUCGUGUGAAUCCAGAUGGAGGUAUAGUCCUUGGACAGGAUCCUGACUCGUAUCUGUGGGGGUUUGACAAGAGCCAGAGCUUUGUAGGUGAAAUUACAGAUGUACACAUGUGGGAUAGUGUGCUGACUGCAAGUCAGAUUAAGCAGCUGUAUGAGAAACAGAGCAAUGCUCCAAGUGGGAAUGUGAUCAACUGGAAUUCUGUCCACGGCAGAAUUUAUGGAAAUGUGGGUGUAGUAGAUGUCUAG